AUGCAGGAGCUCCGCAGAGUGCGCUCAGGCAUCCUGGGAGAGAAGGACAACAUGGUGACUAUGCACGAUGUACUGGAUGCACAGUGGCAGUAUGACAACAACAAGGAUGACAGCUACCUGCGAAGAGUUAUCCUGCCGUUGGAGAAACUGCUGACCUCGCACAAGCGGCUAGUCAUGAAAGACAGUGCGGUUAAUGCCAUUUGCUAUGGAGCCAAGAUCAUGCUGCCUGGUGUCCUGAGAUAUGAAGAUGGUAUUGAGCUUAAUCAGGAGAUUGUUGUGAUCACCACGAAAGGAGAAGCUAUCUGUCUAG